GAUGGCCAAAGCUUGCCUGAAGGGUCCACCUCUAAUGAAAUUGCACUAUAGCAGCAGCCGCUACGAGACUCAAAUAGCGAAAGACAUUCUUGUUGAGAAGUUCGUAGUCUAUUAUUCGAGGUCAGGUUGAAGCUGUCGGGAGUAUGUAAAGAUAGCUUUGGCCGGCGGGUUUCCAGCCCGCAGCUUCCUUGUGCUCUUGUUCUCGUCACAACACGAUUCUUCAGCAUUCGCCAGAAGCACAAAACAUGGACACUAUUGUACCGCCGGCCAAUGUGGUCUUCCCCUCUCCGAAUGACGUGUUGAGGUCAGUCAGCACCACAGUCUCAGGGAUUAUGGACAGCAUCGAUGUGAAUACCCCGCCAGCGCAUACUUUGGAACUCUCUUGCGUGGAACAAGCAAACCCUCGUGGCUACACGCGGCCAAUGUUCUUCUUUGCGACACCUCACACCGUCGAUCAGAUGGAGGUGGUCGAGAUAUUGCGCAAAGCUCUUGAGCCUACUCUCAGGGCCCUACCAUCUCUUGCUUGUGAGAUCGUGCCAGUAGAGGACGAGGGAUCGCAAACUGGGAGAAUUUCUCUCAAGCAUGGCGACUUUGGCUCUUUGAUCCUUAACGAUAUCCGAGGCACUUUCGCCUCUUAUGAGGAGCUGCGAAAGCAAAAGUUCCCACAAUCCCGUCUUGACCCCGACAUACUUUGCGCCCGUGGCGUCUUUCCUAUGCCAGGCGAGACGCAGCCUACAUUCGUCCCUCAGCUGAACAUCAUUACUGGCGGCUUCAUACUUGCGUUCCAUACUCACCACACAACUUACGACGCCCAAGCUAUCAAUGAGAUUCUGAGAGUCUGGUCGCAGAAUUGUCGACACGUACAGAAUGAAAGCUUGGCUCAAUGUAGCACCCUUCCUGCUGAACAAUUCGAACGAAGUGCUCACAUUAUCAGCCCCGAGCCGACAACAGAGAAUGGCCGACCUGAGCAUCAUCCUGAAUUCAUAGUCGCACCUUCGAACCUAUCAUGGCCAGAAACAGCUUUCAGAGAUACUCACAGACAACGCGUCUAUCGCUUGUCUCCUCAAGCUCUCGCUGAGCUGAAGAACGAUUGCACCGAAGCCGGUGACUCUUGGAUAUCGACCAAUGAUGCUGCAACGGCAUUGAUCUGGCGCUCGGUCGUUUGCGCUCAAGCUGAUUUCACUACCUUACCUGAAGACGCAAUGUCUCAUCACAUUGUAGUCGUUGACUUGCGUCUCCGCUCCGAGCCACCCUUGUCAAAGCAUUAUCCUGGCUGCCCGAUGAACUACGCCAGGCCAGGCAUGAAGCUACGCGACCUGUGCAGUUCGACCACUCUCGCCCCAUUGGCUCGCGCUAUCAGAGACCAAGUUGACGAGCGUACAACUGCAUACACAAAAUCCCUCAUCACUCUUCUCAAUUCCAUACCUGGUUACGGCCAUUUUGCUUGGACAUCAUUCCCCUCUCUUCUCACCACUGAUUGUAUGACAUCGACAUGGUACAAGCUCGACAUACUGGAUCUGGAUUUUGGUCCUGCUAUUGGCAAAAUCGAGCGCGUCAGAUAUCCCACAGCGGGUUUGUUCAAUGGCUUAAGUAUGAUCUACCCUCAGAUCACAAGAGGAGCGCAAGAGGAAUUGGGCAUGGAAAUAGCAAUUGGCAUGGAGAAGCAGCACUUUAAGAAAUUGGACAAGGAUCCAAUUUGGUGCAAGUACGCCGAGUUGACUGAUCCCGGGUAUGAUUGUAUGUAAAGGCACUGGUGCUCACCUUCUUUCCAUGUGUCAUCAAUUCCUUGGUCAACUCUUGAAGGGGACUUUUGGGGAGAUAACGAGCUCGUCUACAUCCUUGUAUCACGGUGCUAAUCAAAUUUGUUCGCAUGUACACCUUUUCAU